AUGCCUAGGCCCGUUGUCAUCUCUGGCCCUUCCGGAACCGGGAAGUCCACUCUUUUAAAAAAAUUGCUUGCGGAGUUUCCCGACAAGUUUGGGUUCUCUGUGUCGAACACCACCAGAGCUCCAAGAGCUGGAGAGAAGGACGGUGUGGACUACCAUUUCACCACUGUGGACGACUUCAAGAAGAUGAUUGACGAGAAAAAGUUCAUUGAGUGGGCUCAGUUUUCUGGAAACUACUACGGCACUUCCAUUAAGGCCGUGGACGAUGUGGCCAAGCAGAACAAGAUCUGUAUUUUGGACAUCGAUAUGCAAGGAGUCAAGGCGGUGAAGCAGCUGUCGCUCGAUGCCCGCUACUUGUUUUUGAGCCCGCCUUCCAUUGACACUUUGAGGGAGAGAUUGACCGGCAGAGGCACAGAGACUGAGGAGUCCAUUGCAAAGAGAAUCGCCGCUGCAGCUGCUGAGAUGGAGUAUGCCCAGACCGGUGCUCACGAUAAAAUCGUGGUGAAUGAUGACUUGGAGAAGGCGUACCAGGAGUUCAAGGAGUUUAUUGUGGAUGAGCAGUGA